AUGCACGAAAAUCAGCUUCAUAUUUGUGCUAUUUUGGAGUCUCAUAUAGAUAUUUCCCAAUUGGUUAGUGUGUGUAAGAAAAUUUGUAAAUCUUGGGAUUGGACCUCUAAUGGGGGGCUUUGCUCUAAAGGAACUCGUAUUAUUUUGGGAUGGAAUUCUGAUAUUGUUGAUGUCAUGGUGCUUUCCCAAACAGAUCAAGUAAUGCAUGCUCAGGUAAUUUAUAAAAUUGACAAGAAAGCAAUGUUCUGCUCCUUUGUUUAUGCAGACAACUAUUACAAAAACCGUAGGGAAUUGUGGCAGAAUCUUAGUAGGCAUAAGGUUUUAGUUGGUAAUCGGCCAUGGGUUAUACUUGGUGAUUUCAAUUCUUCAUUGAAUUUAGAAGAUAGUUUUUCUGGUUCUUCGUCUAUUAGUAUUGGCAUGCGGGAGUUUAAAGAAUGUGUAGAAAUGAUUGAAAUGUUUGAUAUUAAUAGUAUGGGUUUACAUUACACGUGGAACCAAAAGCCAAAAAAGGGAGUGGGAAUUCUUAAGAAGAUUGAUCGUAUUAUGGGGAACAUCUUUUUUACAGAUUUGUUUCCAACUUCUUGUGCAAUUUUUCAACCAUAUAGGGUGUCAGAUCAUUCGCCGUGUGUCUUGAAAUUGCCUAGUGUUUCUAGACCUUGGGCUAAACCUUUUAAGUUUGCGAAUUUUCUGGUGAAUAAAGAUGAAUAUAAUGACAUUGUUGAGAAGGCAUGGAAGGAGAGUGAAUGCUUGAAGCAAUUUAAUGAAGCGGUCCUGGAUGAAGAGUCUUUUUUGAAGCAGAAAUCAAAAGUAGAAUGGCUUGCUGUAGGUGAUUCUAAUACUUCUUAUUUUCAUAAUUCUCUUAAAUGCAGGAACCAUAGAAGUCGUAUAGAUGUGGUCAAGGAUGUGCAUGGUGUUCUACAUGAAGGAGGGAAUGUUCAAGUUGCUUUUGUACAACAUUACCAACAAUUCUUGGGUUGUGAAGGCCUUUUUGAUUUAUUGCCUUCGCAUGAACUUUUCUCUACUACUAUAGAGGAUCAGGCUGCCCUUAACAUGAUCCGUAAGGUUACUGAUGAUGAGAUAAAAGCGACUAUGUUCUCUAUUGGUGAGUGCAAAGCGCCUGGUCCGGAUGGGUUUACAUCAGCUUUCUUUAAGAAGUCAUGGUCCAUUGUUGGAAAGGAUGUUCUGUUGGCUGUUCACGACUUCUUCAAUAAGGGUAAACUGUUGAAAGAGCUGAAUCAUACUAUUAUUGCUCUUGUGCCAUCUUCAAUUACUGAUUAUAGGCCUAUUUCGUGUUGUAAUGUACUCUACAAGUGUAUCAGUAAGAUACUGGCUGAUCGUAUUAAGUAUGGUUUGAAGACUGUUGUUAGUAUUAAUCAAUAG